UUCAUGUAUUUAUUUUUGUGAACAAAGUUUUUCAGGGUUUGCAUAAAAAUCCCCCAAGAUAGGAAAAGAAGUGAUGCGAGGCCAUACCUCACAAAGAGUGAUGGUCAUUCAUGGGCAGAUGAACACACUAAUGAACCAAAGAAGCCCCAUCCAUUUCAUCAAAAAGAUUCAUUUCUGGCUGGGUGUGGUGGCUCACGCCUGUAAUCCCAGUACUUUGGGAGGCUGAGGUGGGUGGACUGCUUGAGCCCAGGAGUUCAAGACCAUCCUGGGCAACGUAGUGGACCACCAUCUCUGAAAAAAAAAAGAAAAAGAAAAAAGAAGUACACUUCCAGAUAAAAUUUUGCUUUUUAUAUGUAAUUUUAAAAAACUGUAACAUACUAUUUCCAUCAUUUGUGUGCUCAUAAUAGUUGUGUUAACUCAAUUCAGAAAAAAAAUCAGAGCAAUUAAAUUCUUAUGGUUUAAUACUCUUGACGGUAGAGUCAAUUACCAUUAUCUGUGGUAUUAUGUUCUAGAAAGUUACCUUGAUCACUGAAUUACUGACACAUGCAACAUUGCUCCUAGGAGGAAUAGAGGGUUAGGAUCCUUUAAGAGUCUGGCCAUAACAUUUUGCCAACCAAUCAAUACAUAACCUGUUUUACGUGUAUUUUUGAAGAUAGCUUUUUAAAUAUGUUUCUUACAAUUCAUUAAUUAUAUGCAGUAUUUCUUUAUAAUGAAACACUGUGUUUCCGUUACAGCAUUGUGAACUCCUCUGAUGGUACCAGUUCAAUUCUCAGUCAUAAGUACAUACAGGCACAGAGUACACAUAUAGAGUACUCACAUAAAAGAGUAUUGUGAACAUACUUCAUACUGUGUAGUACAGUAAUCACAAACACAGUCUUGAAGAAAGCAUUAAGAGUGAGUAUUUAAAGUUUUAUAAACACAUUACUUAAGACCUUACUGUGGAUGGAGCUGCAGGGUGUGUGAUGGUCAGUGCUCUGUGGUUUACCCUACCUAUCUUAGCUUGCCCCGUGAAAAUCAGAGGCUGAUGGAACUUACUCUGCACAAGAGGAAGAUGUCAGUAAGUGCAGCACAUUGUGAUUUGGCAGAGCUACCUUAGGAGUUUGUCUUUUGCAACUUGUUGAUUGUGUUGGCAACUCUCUCUCAAACUGGCUAGAAAAAUUGGUUCGGCCUUGUCUGCCUGGCUUUUUGCCUCAAAUCUUUAAGCGAUAAAUGCAGUGGAAGUGAGGUGCUAAAAUGCGAGGCUGUGUUCAAGCACAGGGUCACAUUCUUCCAUGUCGUUGAAAAUUUUUUCCAAGGCAGAAUUCCAUUUGGGUAUUUUAGCCACUGUGACAGGGAAUCUUGGUGACUUUCAUUGCUGACUUUGCUGCCAUGUUUUGCCAUCUCAUCCCCAUCUUUGUGGUUUCUACUGCCUUCGCUAACAAAAUUUCCUCCAUCUCUUCUUCCUUCACGUCGCUGAAACCUUCUCCACUUAUUUACCGUGCAAUAUGCAUCAUGUUUUUGACAUUUAAAAAAAUAUUUUCUGUAACCCCGUCAAAGCCUUGAAGUUUUCACAGUCUGGCAAAACGUUUUUCCAGCAGUUAUUGAUAAUAGCCUGCUUGAUGCUGUCCCAGGCUGUGCCAACAUAAUCAAUAACAAUCCAUAUAGUGAGUGAUUUCCAGUAGUCUAUCAUGGUGGCUUCCUCGUUGGUGUCAAGAACCUCACAAGCUUUACAUAGAGUUCCCUCGUGUAGUGUGCCUUGAAAGUUGUAUGUCCUGAAUGAGGGGCUAGAUGCAAGAUGUCGUAUUGGGGGCAUGAAAAAAACUCCUAUGUUGGGGUAAGCAUUUUCACGUUCUUCGUGGCAAUGAACUGCGGCAUUCAUUAUCCAAAAUUAGUAAGACCCAGAAAGCAAGGUUUUUGCCCUGGAGAUACUGUUCAACUUCUGGAAUGAAGCAGUGGUGGAACCAAUCCCAGAAUAUUUCAGAUGCCAUCCAUGCUUUUCUGUUCCACCUCCAACGGACUGGCACAGUUCAGGUUUCUUCCUCUAAGCGCUGUGGGUUUUGGGCUCUGUACACCAUUAGAGGUUUGCACUUAAAGUCACCCUUGGUGUUGGUGCACAAUAGCAAGGUUGCAUGGUCUCUGAAUGCUUUAAAGCCAGGGGCUUGCAUGGCCAUUUGCAUUACAUAGGUUUGUUUGCCAACAUUCUUAUAAAACAAGACAGUCUCAUCAGCAUUGAAAACCUGCUCUUCAACAUAACCCUUUUUAUGUAUAACACUUAGCAGGCAUUUUAAAAAUUCUUCCGCAGCCCCCUUAUCUGCAGAAUCUGCCUUGCCUGCAAGUUUAAAAUUUGAUUUCAUGCUGUACUGCCUUUUAAAAUGUGCUAGCCAGCCUGGACCAGCUGAGAAGGGUUUAACAUUUUCCUGACCUUGGGUAACUUGGCUGUAAAUUUCUUCAGCUUUCAGCCUCAUAAUACUGUCCACUACACUUUUUUUUAAAUUAUUGAUUGUCAUCUCAUGAAUGACAUCUCAUCCACAAAUUUAGCUGCUUUUCCAUCUUUUCCAUAGCUUCAUCACGCACUAUAGAUACCACUUUAUCACCUUCUGGGGCAGCCUCACAUACGGAUCAGCGGAUCCCCACUUCCUCUUUGUGGAUGUACCAUACUGUUGAUUCAUUAACAUUGAACUCACCGCCAACAGCACUGUAACUCAUGACGGAAUGAAGCUUAUCUAACACAUGACACAUCACAGCCUUCUUGUAAUUAGGGACAUUAGCCAGCAUUUCAGCACUACGCUUGGGGGCCAUUUGAAACAGAGAAAUCACCAUGGGAAAAGCACAGAAGUCUGAAAAAUGUGACACUAAGUAGACUGAGGACGUAUGUUUACACAGUAAGAACUAAAACAGGCCGGGCACGGUGGCUCACGCCUAUAAUCCCAGCACUUUGGGAGACUGAGGCGGGUGGAUCACAAGGUCAAGAGAUCGAGACCAUCCUGGUCAACAAGGUGAAACCCUGUCUCUACUAAAAAUACAAAAAUUAGCUGGGCAUGGUGGUGCGUGCCUGUAGUCCCAGCUACUUGGGAGGCUGAGGCAGGAGAAUUGCCUGAACCCAGAAGGUGGAGGUUGCAGUGAGCCGAGAUUGUGCCAUUGCACUCUAGUCUGGGUAACAACAGUGAAACUCUGUCUCAAAAAAAAAACAAGAACUUAAGAAGGCAGAGCAUGGCCUUGUUCAAGCUCAGCUGGGAAUAUACACAAGGUGAUCCAAAGUUUUCACAGUUCUGCAUGUGUCCAUAUAUGACUGAAAGUGUUUCAAGAAUUGAUUUUUGGUUACACACACUUCUUAGCAAGUAGCUGAGUUCGUAGCCUCUUUGAAUGAUGACUGACUACAUUUGUAGAGGUCCUUGUCAAAUAAGUUUGUUUUAAGCAUAGAUUAUAUGAGGAUAUAACUUUUUGGGUGAAAUUGAAUAGAAAUGAGUUAAAGGAGAAAGAUUUAAUGUCUGACUUGUUAGGAAACUUUUUAGGUGGAGAAAUGGGCAUUAUGUUCCUAUUGUAUUUAGAUUCUACUGGAUAUGAUUUUUAUAAAGGAUGCAACAGUUUAAUUUAAAAAUGUCAUCAGAAUGGCAGAAAUUACAUCCCUUGCAACUAUUUAAAACUAAGAAGAAAAAAUUUAGGUAUUGCCUAGAUAUGUGAUACAUAACUUGAAAAUUAUUUUGAAGCGAAGAGAAAAAUGGAUUAGGAGGUAGCUUUGCUUUUGCCAUUCCACUGAAAAAAUGUUCAAUUUUGAUGGAAACAUGUCAGAACUUGGUUGUAGGAAUUUUUCAAUUGUAGAAAGAAAAAAGCCUCAUUUCAUCCCUUUUGGCAUUUCUGAACACUUGGUUUUGAUGUAUAAUUUUAAAACACCUGAGCACCAUGAAAUGAAACCACAGUAUUCCUGAGAGUAGCCUGGUGAAAUGUGAUUUUUCUUCUCCAGUACAGAAGGACAAAAAUGUGUUUAAUGUCCUCAAAUGCUAGACUUCUAGAUGAUGCACUGGUUUAAAUGUCAACACUUAAUGUCUUCACAUAUAGCUUGGAACAGAAAUUUUCUUACAGUAAAAUAAUCCGAGAGUUAAAAAACAACUUUUUGUAUACCUCAGGCUUCUUACAAUUUUCUAGUAAUUGGUACCGUUCCUGGUUUCCUUAGUUUCUUGCUGUGGGUAAGGUCCAAACACCUUACACGUGUUGCUGAUGGCUCUCCAAAUUCUACCUUGGACUAAAGCACCAGGCAGUCUGCAGGCACCUUCCUGCGCUCCUCAACUGUGGUGGAGGCUCCAUAGGAUACAAUUUCUUCUCUGCUGACUUACUGGAUUUCAUGUUAGCUGUCUACUUCGGUUAAUCAUUCCUGAAGUACGGGGCUUAUAUUUGGAAAAAGAAACCACUGCACCUUAAUCCCAACAAGCAUAAUUUAUGUUGCUUAUUUUAAGUCAUCGCAUUAGAAUAAUAACUGCUCUCUCCAUGAGCCUUGGCUUGAAGGAAGGGAAGAAAUCCCAGGUUCUCUUCCAACAAUCAGGGGUUACUCAAGCCGCCCGAGUUCUCCGGGGCCCCUCUGGGCCGGGCUGCGUUGACUCGCGAAAGGCCGAGGAUGAGGCGCCGAGAGGCGGCGGCAUGUGCACGCGGAGCGGAGCGGGUGCGCUGUGUCUGCGGGGCGAGGCCAAGAACCUGACGCAGGGAGGCGGCCUCUUGUGGGGUCAGGCCUAGUAGGCUGCGUCCGCGGGGCUGGGGCCGGGGCUGAGGCCGAAGACUGGGCAGGAGGGGGCGGCAAUGGCCGCGCGUGGGGCCGACCGUCGGGCUGCGCCCACCUAAGUCGCGGGAUAACCGGCAUAGGCUCCGUCCGCUGCGGGGAAGACCUGGCUUUAGCCGGAAGACGUCCUGCGCUGGCCGGCGGGGGCGCGGUCUGAAGACGUCACUUCCGGCACCGAGGCUGACUUCCUGGUGCGGAAAGGGGCAGAGAUUGGUGCAGCACAGGAGGAGGAAAAAAGGGUCUAUCCGGAGCCCCGGAGCGAGAGCGAGUGCCUGAGCAACAUCCGCGAGUUCCUGCGCGGCUGCGGGGCCUCCCUGCGCCUGGAGACGUUUGAUGCAAAUGAUUUGUAUCAGGGGCAGAAUUUUAACAAGGUCCUCAGUUCCUUAGUGACUCUAAAUAAAGUAACAGCAGACAUCGGUCUGGGGAGUGACUCCGUGUGCGCCCGGCCCUCAUCUCACCGCAUAAAGUCUUUCGACUCCCUGGGAUCGCAGUCUUUGCACACUCGGACUUCAAAGCUGUUCCAGGGCCAGUAUCGGAGUUUGGACAUGACCGAUAAUAGCAACAAUCAACUGGUAGUAAGAGCAAAGUUUAACUUCCAGCAGAACAAUGAGGACGAGCUUUCCUUCUCAAAAGGAGAUGUCAUCCAUGUUACCCGCGUGGAAGAGGGAGGCUGGUGGGAGGGCACACUCAAUGGCCGGACCGGCUGGUUCCCCAGCAACUACGUGCGUGAGGUCAAGGCCAGCGAGAAGCCUGUGUCUCCCAAAUCAGGAACAUUGAAGAGCCCUCCCAAAGGAUUUGAUACAGCUGCCAUAAACAAAAGCUAUUACAAUGUGGUGCUACAGAAUAUUUUAGAAACAGAAAAUGAAUAUUCUAAAGAACUUCAGACUGUGCUUUCAACCUACCUACGGCCAUUGCAGACCAGUGAGAAGUUAAGUUCAGCAAACAUUUCAUACUUAAUGGGAAAUCUAGAAGAAAUAUGUUCUUUCCAGCAAAUGCUCGUACAGUCUUUAGAAGAAUGCACCAAGUUGCCUGAAGCUCAGCAGAGAGUCGGAGGCUGCUUUUUAAACCUGAUGCCACAGAUGAAAACCCUGUACCUCACGUAUUGUGCCAAUCACCCUUCUGCAGUGAACGUCCUCACGGAACACAGUGAGGAGUUGGGGGAGUUCAUGGAGACCAAAGGUGCCAGCAGCCCUGGGAUUCUUGUGCUGACCACAGGACUGAGCAAACCCUUCAUGCGCCUGGAUAAAUACCCUACACUGCUCAAAGAGCUGGAGAGACACAUGGAGGAUUAUCAUACAGAUAGACAAGAUAUUCAAAAAUCUAUGACUGCCUUCAAAAACCUUUCAGCCCAGUGUCAAGAAGUCAGGAAAAGGAAAGAGCUUGAGCUGCAGAUUCUGACGGAAGCCAUCCGGAACUGGGAGGGCGAUGACAUUAAAACUCUGGGCAACGUCACGUACAUGUCCCAGGUCCUGAUUCAGUGUGCGGGAAGCGAGGAAAAGAAUGAAAGAUAUCUUCUACUCUUCCCACAUGUUUUGCUAAUGUUGUCUGCCAGUCCUAGGAUGAGUGGCUUUAUCUAUCAGGGAAAGCUUCCAACGACAGGAAUGACAAUCACAAAGCUUGAGGACAGUGAAAAUCAUAGAAACGCAUUUGAAAUAUCAGGGAGCAUGAUUGAGCGGAUAUUAGUGUCCUGCAACAACCAGCAGGAUCUGCAGGAAUGGGUGGACCACCUACAGAAGCAAACAAAAGUCACGUCCGUGGGAAACCCCACCAUCAAGCCACAUUCGGUGCCAUCUCACACCCUCCCCUCCCACCCGGUCACUCCGUCCAGCAAGCAUGCAGACAGCAAGCCCGCGCCGCUGACGCCUGCCUACCACACGCUCCCCCACCCCUCCCACCAUGGCACCCCGCACACCACCAUCAACUGGGGACCCCUGGAGCCUCCGAAAACACCCAAGCCUUGGAGCCUGAGCUGCCUGCGGCCUGCGCCUCCCCUCCGGCCCUCAGCUGCUCUCUGCUACAAGGAGGAUCUUAGUAAGAGUCCCAAGACCAUGAAGAAGCUGCUGCCCAAGCGCAAACCUGAACGGAAGCCCUCGGAUGAAGAGUUUGCGUCGCGGAAAAGCACAGCUGCUUUGGAAGAAGAUGCUCAGAUUCUGAAAGUCAUCGAGGCUUACUGCACCAGCGCCAAAACAAGGCAAACACUCAAUUCAACAUGGCAAGGCACUGACCUGAUGCAUAAUCACGUCUUGGCUGAUGAUGACCAACCAAGCCUAGACUCCUUGGGUCGCCGCAGUAGCCUUUCCCGUUUGGAGCCUUCAGACCUCUCGGAAGACUCUGACUAUGACAGUAUAUGGACAGCCCAUAGUUACAGAAUGGGUUCUACAUCUCGUAAGAGCUGUUGCUCAUAUAUCUCUCACCAGAACUAAUGCACUUCUGAGCUUUCUUAACAAAUGCUUGUUGUAUCGCAGCCUGCUUUUCUUAGAUGUUUUCUUGCUGUUCCUUGUCUCUUUUAUGUGAUAUUUUAACAACUUUUGAGAGUGUUCCUGAUAUUUCCCAUUGUACUUUGUGGAGGCUUAACUGCCGAUGAGAGUAUACAUUUGAAUGACUAUUGGAGGGAGGUGGUGUGUUUAUGUGAGCCUACACCCGAGGGUGCUCUUCGUAAUGGGUAGUUGUUGUUUUACAGCUCCAAAUGUUUUUUUUUUUUUUUAAUUCUCGGUGUAGCAACUGUUUGAUUUCUUUCUGCAUAUAGCUGUAUGAACACUUUUUUAUUUUGUACUGAAAUCACACGGGUUUGUGAUCUAAGUGCCAGAACCAUGGAGGAGACUCUGGCCUUAUCUGUAGGGACCUACAUUUUUUAAGUAUGAUGAACACUGAUCAAAUGGUUGUGGAGAGAUGAGAAGAAUACAUGCAGCAAAGGUGCUGUGAGCCCAGUUCCAAGGGCUGUGUUCUGGUAAUCAUGCAGAGCGGCGUGUGGGCUCUGGGCCUUAGCAGGUGCACAGACGGGCGGGCGUCACGUGUGUUCAGAGCUUGUCUCCACCUCACGGCUCUGUGCUCUUCCGUGUGCUGCGUUGUGGCCGUGAAGUGGGAGCUGUCUUUUCCAAAGGCAGAACUUACUGUCAUGGCCCAGAUGUUCACUCUCAGCUUCACCCCAAACUUGCCUGGAUUGAAAUGAUUUGUUAUAUGGCACUUAGCAAGCCUGUACCACUCUACAGUAAAACCUCUAUACUAAAACUUUAAAGUCCGAAAUCUGGAGCAUUCAGCCUCUGCAAGUGUAGACUACUAGCCUGUAUCUGGAGAGGCAUUUGGAAUACUUAAAAAGUCAAGUGCUGUGGCUUCAGUCCCCCCCCCGCCCCCGGCUCCCCCCCACCCCCGACAUCCAUACUUACGUUGUCUGGAAGAGCCAUGGACACAUCAUUGUUUUCAGCGAGCAGCUGCAGUGAAACUCCGUUUACAGCAACCCCAUGAUGUAAAAUGGCAACGCCUCAUCAUAAUGGGAUAUUGAAGUUUGUUGGAGAUUUACUAGGUUGCCAUGUUGCUCACUUAAAAAAAAGUCUCCCCCAUUUUCCUGGGAUUUGUUGUAAGGAGUUUUCACUGGCCUCACUCAGACCAGUUUCUGCUUCAGAAGGAACUGAAUGUGACCUGUUGCAUUCAGUUGCAGUGUCAAAUCCACAGCUAGUCAUUGCUUGAGGGGCCAACUGUGUUCUUUUCCAUGCACGCUCUAUUUGGUGUUACAAUGGAACCUUACAGCUGUGUCUGAAGUAGUCAUUGAAAUCAGCUUCAGAAAACAAGGUGCCAUCAUAAAUUGAGAAUAACAUUUUUUCCUUCUUUAGGGUGGCUGUAAUUCCAGGUGGCCGUGAUUUCUUUCUUCUCCACCGCCCACUCCUUCGCCAAACCCACGUAUUCAGUGUUCUGAUCUUGUGUGUGCAGCGUGAACUCUGAUGCAAUAUCAGUCUUGUCCUGGGAGCCAGGUCCUGCCGCUCACAAGCCCAGAGCUGCCGGGGAGCUCCUGGCAGUAGCACCUUGUUUAGAAAGUUGGGUGGCUUCAUUCAGAAUGGACAAAGCUGAUGGCACAGGAGGCAUCAGGGCAGCUGUUAAUUCCAAAUAUUGGCCUGUUCCAAAGUAGCUACUGAACUGCUCAUGCCACAGAAGAUUUUGUAUUUUUAUGCCAAUUAAUAAAAAUAAGGAAGUUGAGGAGCAGUCUUGUAGAAUUAAUCAAAUCCCAGUGUUAACUCUCCAGCAGAGAUGGGGUUUAUAUACGUUCAGCCAGUUAGUAAAAGGAAUUUUUGGAGAAAUAAGAUAACCACAAAGUUUCUGUACUUACUGUGAGUGGAUUUAGAAGUGAUUUUGGUUUGUGUCACAUACAGUGGUCCUCCGUGUCAGGGAGCGCCUUUCUGUUUGCCUCGAGAUGACUUAGCGCAUUGGCUUAGCUGCCUUGGCUUCUCUCAGAGGUUGCCCAUGUCGUGGCUGUGUAGACCAUGACACUCACAGUUGCUGCACUUGGGUUUUCCUUUAAUACCAAGUAUCAUUUGGUUAUCUUACCAGGACAUUGUCACUGAUACUCUGUACACCAGAGCUUUGGCGGUUUCCCAUCAUUCCGUUUUGUACCAGUUCAAGGCAUUUUGACCAUGUUUUUUGUUGAUGCCAAGAUCACACUGCAUAAUAAUAACCUGACCUCUUCUUUGUUUGCAUUUGUUUUGAAUGUCUAACACCAUUAGCUUUUGUGACCUGGAUAAGAAAUAUUAGUACCACAGGCCCGAAAAGACAGUUCUCUUGUGGCAGUGGUGAUAUGGCAUCCAGAGGGCCAGUGUUUCUACUUUUGUGGGACUUCAGUCAUGCGGAUAAUGGUAUCUUCUGUUCAUGCAAUUCUCUAAUAUCUAUGUGUACAGUUAGUAUUCUAAUGAAAGGAUGAAGAGUCUGAACUAGAAGGUAGGUUUAAGCCAUCACCAGGCCUUUGCAAAUGGCCUCAAGGGUGUUCCCUUUGAAGUAACACUUGCCACAAGUAUAUAAUAAGCUAUAUUAAUUGUGUUUUGCAUAAAAUUGCCAAAACACAGUAAUGUGUAUAUAGUGGUAUAAGAUCUUGAAAAAAAUCUAUUUAACUGUGUUCUUUAUCUGUGAAUGGGAAAAGCCAUUUUUAGUAGGUGACUACCAUUUGAAAAACUCAAUUGGAUGUAUAUCUGAAUGUUGCAUUGUAUUGUACAGUAUGCAUAUUAUUGUUUGUGGUUGCAUAUGGCAAUGAAGUGUUUGUUUUAUAAAAAAAUCUGUUAUGUACAGUAAAAAUAAAUUUUGCAUUUGCUA